GCGCCAUCUGGACCGACCCCGUCACUGCUACGUUCUCUUACUUUUCAAUUUUCCACAUCAUGCGCACUCCGACUUCGCCCCCGCCCGCGCUCCCGUCAAAGCGGCACUAUAAGGUGGCUACCACCCCAAAUACGUACAAUAUUGUGCCCGUUGCCCGCUACUCGAGCCCUCCAGUAGCCACCGUGUUGGACAUUCCUUACGCCUUGGACGGGAUCAAGUGUCGAGAAUCAAACUUGGAGCAGUCACGAUUCAUGUUUCAACCGUCCAGCGACUACCAGCUCCACGGUGUAUCGGUCAAGCCGUCGCCGCAGUCUACAAGUGCAAACUACCCCCCCACUGCUACCGCGUCGUCCAUUUCGCGGUUUCAAAUGUUUUACCACCUUCACAAACAACACCAAAAGACGACGACAUCAACAUGCAUCGUACCCAGCAGCAGCAUCACCACAACCACCCAAGGCCAUCGAAAUGCCGCGUCGAUUGCGUUUUUGCUGUCCUGAGACGAAGAUCGACAUUUAUUAACGACCCCUAAUAUUAUUAUCCUUCAGAGUACCACCA